AUGGCGACUUUUACAAUAGAAGAUAUUGUCGCAGGUAUCUCAGAAUCCUUAAACAAGCUUCAGGAACUGAAUAUUUCAAAAAUCGAUAAAUCGUAUACAAUGGUUGAGAACCCAGUUGUGUCGGAAAGAGAGUCAAAGUAUAACUCAGAGUAUUUUGACAAGAUUGCUGAUGACUAUAUUGAGUUUACGUAUAGAAAUCCUACGAUUUUUCACGUUGUACAACAUUUCAAGGAUCAAUUAAAGAAGAAUGGAUUCAAUUAUAUUUCUGAGAGUAAACCAUGGCUGGAAAUCGAGCCAGGUAAAUAUUUCACAACCAGAAAUGGCUCAUCGCUUGUUGCGUUUGUGGUGGGCAGCGAUUGGUCCCCUGAUCUAGGUUUUGGUGCUAUUGGUUCGCACAUAGAUUCUCUCACUACUGUUUUGAAGCCCAAUUCGACAAAACAGAAAGUUGAAGGCUACGAAUUACUUGGAGUUGCACCUUAUUCCGGUACUUUGAACAAUCUCUGGUGGGAUAGAGAUUUGGGUAUUGGUGGCAGAUUGUUGGUUAAGGAUUCAAAGGGAAAAAUCACUCAGCACUUGGUUGACUCUACACCAAAUCCAAUUGCGCAUAUUCCAACAUUAGCGCCUCAUUUUGGAGUAGAAGGUGGCGAUUCUUCCAAUAAGGAAACUAGAGCAGUGCCAGUGAUUGGAUUUUCACAAGAAGAAGAUCCUAAACCAACAGAAGCUGAGAAGAAGGCGCCCUUGUAUGGGAAACAUCCCUUAAAAUUAUUGAGAUAUAUUGCCAAGAUUGCUAAUGUUGAAGUUGAAGCGAUUUCUCAGUGGGACUUGCAGUUGUAUGAUGUUCAAAAAGGUGCUAAAGGGGGCAUCAAUAAGGACUUUGUAUUUGCACCCAGAGUGGAUGACAGGGUUUGCUCUUUUGCAGCUUUGAAUGCAUUGAUUGAUGCUAGCAAUGAAAAAUUGCUUAAAAACGAUUCAUUUUCAAUUGUUGCUUUGUAUGAUAACGAAGAAGUUGGUAGUUUAUCAAGAGCCGGUGCUAGAGGUGGUCUUUUAGAGCUUGUUGUCGAAAGAGUUUUAGCCAGCAACUAUUACAAUCCUGAUGGCGAGCAAGAUUAUUUGAGACUUGCAUAUGCCAAUUCGAUUAUUUUAUCAGCUGACGUCAACCACUUGUUUAAUCCCAAUUACCCCGAUGUCUAUUUGGAACAUCACAGACCAGUUCCAAAUAAGGGAGUUUGCAUAUCCUUUGAUCCUAACGGACACAUGGCAACCGACUCAAUUGGUGUUUCUUUACUUGAAGAUUUAGCCAGGCAGAACAACGACAAGCUUCAAUAUAGCCAUAUUAGAAAUGAUAGCAGAUCUGGAGGCACAAUUGGACCAUCAAUCUCUUCUAAAACGGGGGUAAGAACCAUUGAUCUUGGUAUUCCACAAUUAUCAAUGCAUUCUAUCCGAGCAACCCUUGGAGCAAAGGAUAUUGGUUUAGGUACAAAGUUCUUUGCUGGGUUUUUCAAAAAUUGGAGAAGUACAUAUGACAAUUACAUAGACUUAUAA